AUGGUGUCCCCAGCUGUUCCAGAGCUUAUCGAGGAAGACGAUACGAUCUAUUCAUCCAUAGAUGCCCGCACCGAAUCCCUACAGAAUCUGAGAGAACUCGGCCCUCCAGACCUCGUUCACCUGGUGAAGCAAUCGAAAUCCGCUGCCAAUAGCCAGACCGGAGUCUAUCACCAUGUAACCGGAAUAGAUGCGUCCUCGUCUGCCAGUUUAGCAGCAUAUGUGAACACUCUUACCUACUCGCCAAUUGACAAGCAGCACAAGGUGGUUGCCGGGAUAUACUGCUGCUACAAUGCCUUUUCCCACGUAGAUAUGAGAGUCGAAGUGAAGAUUCCAGGUAGUUUAGAGAGCUACUGCAUUGAUGAGCGCGGAGAUAAACGUGUCGCAACGGAAGCACUAUGGCUAGAGACAUUUGUAUGUGGUGUGCUCAGGUCAUACUCAUACGCCGACGAUGGGAGCGGGGAUGCCAUCAAGAAGAUUGUAGGCGUGAGAAGGUUCAAUCCGAUCACAAACACGGAGAUGGAACAUAAAUUCCUGGAUGCUUCAGAAAAGCUCUUUUUCAAUGGUCGACAACUCAGCUCUGACCCCGAAACCCAGGUCCCAAAUACCGUCACUAAUCAUCUUACCUCUGGUCUUUUGAAAUAUAUCAAUACAACCGGCCGUUACGUAUCUGGAAUCAAUCUUUUUGAGAAACUUCGAGCGCGAGAGGUGGAAGUUUCGUCGCUUCUUGCGCGCGUUCUGAUAUCUGCAGAUGAAGAAGUGCAGGCAGUACGAUUACUCCACGAUGCUCUCAAGGACAUCCCAAUGGAUUACGCCCUCUUAGACUGCCAGGCGGCAUUCUGCCAGAGUAAAGGCGAGCACGAAAUGGCGCUUGAAUGCGCAAAACGGAGCGUUACCGCGGCCCCAAGCGAAUUCAGCUCCUGGGUCCGCCUGGCGGAAGUAUACGUGAGCCUAGAGAAAUGGAACUUGGCUCUACUAACCCUGAACUCCUGUCCUAUGUUCAACUACCAGGAUCGAGACUCACCUCGAAUGCCGCAACCAACACGUAUCAUUUUACCCGUUCUUCCCGAAAGCAUGCUUGAUGAAAUUGACGAAGGUCAACCCAAAGAAGGCGGGCCCCAUGACAUGGUACAUCCUACUCUAAGAAAGCUACACGCCGGCAACUAUCAAGGCACGUUCCUCAAAGCGUACAGUCUGUUGACUAAGAUCGCCUCGAACAUCGGAUGGGACCAACUCCUGAAAAUCCGAAGCGAGGUGUUCGUCAUGGAGGAGGAGUAUAGGGUUGAGCGACAGACGGCAGGACGACCAGGAAGCACGACUCAGAAUGCCAGUACGGUAGCGUUACAUGACGGUGCAAGCGAAGUGACCGGCACGACCGAGGACACGAAUGAGUCCGAGAAUGAGAACGAGAAAGAUGCGGAAUCAUCUGGGCAAAACGGGGAUGAGAGCAAAGCCAACAAGCCGUCAGAGAACCACGGAAUUGAGAAGCCUAACCAAACUGUUGCUUCAGAGGUUGUCAAGUCCGGCAAUGACGAUCAGGAUAACUCUAACCCCCACUCUCAAUUCCAUAACAAACGUCUAUGUGAACGCUGGCUCGACAAUCUAUUCAUGGUUCUCUACGAAGACCUACGCGUCUACACCAUCUGGCGUUCCGAGAUGGCCCAGUCUCGCCAACAGUCGCUUGAAUAUAAGAAAUCUGCAACAGAGUGGGAGAUCCUCGGCGAACUUGCCGAACGACUCCAUCACUUGCCAGAAGCAAUUGAGGCAUAUCGACACUGCUUAUCCGUUCGAUUCUCUCCCAAAGCGUUGAGGGGUAUCCUAAAGCUAUAUGAGCGACAAAAUGAUACGAGAGGGAUGCUUAACGCGCUGAUCAGGCUGAUUGCAUGGCAGUAUAGAUGGUACUCCGAGUUCUCGCCGGACCUCUUAUAUAUAAUCCGCAAGCUGAUUGAGGAAGAAGGCGCCGUCAAAGUCCGCAGCAUCGUACAAGCAACCAACCUCCCCCAGCCCAUCCUGGAUCUCACCCAUCAAUACUGCCAGCUCUGUGCGACGUUUAGAAGCAGCGGGAGCGACGGCUAG